AUGCUGCUGGCUCGCCCACCUCCCCGCCCUCCCCCUUCCUCCAAGCCCCUGCAACUCUCCCCUUCUCUCCCUCCGGUCCUCCCCCGCCAUAUCCUCCCCUCGGGGUGUAGAACUCCCCUCCGUGCUUCUCUCUCUGAGUCGCCCGCCGCCACCGGUGGCGCCCUCCCCAAGUCCGCCAUCCAGAGGAUCGCUGAGAAGCUCCGCGGUCUCGGGUACCUCGAGGAAGGGACAGAAGAGGAUGGCAGGCCCCGGUCAGCCGCGCUGGCUGGCCCUGGCUCGGCGGGGGAGAUCUUCAUCCCCACCCCACGGGAGCUGCCCAAACGUCGCGUGGGGUACACCAUCGACUCGAGCUGGAGCUCGCCUGAGAGCCCCGUGCCUGUGCCGGGGACUGGGUCGGCCAUUGUGAGGUUCCACGAAUUGAGGAGGGAGCUGGGGAGGGACACGGGGAGGGUGGCCCCGACGCCGACGCCGCCAAUGGUGGCGGAGCUGAUGAUCCCUGCGCAAGAACUGAGGCAGCUGCGGAGCUUGGGGAUCAAGCUGGAGAAGAAGCUGCGGCUGAAGGUGGGGAAGGCCGGGAUCACUGAGGGGAUCGUGAAUUCCAUCCACGAGCGAUGGCGGCGCUCGGAGCUUGUGAAGAUUAAGUGCGAGGACUUGUGUCGGAUGAACAUGAAGAGAACCCAUGAAAUUUUGGAGGUUCGUUUCUCACCUCAACUUGGGGAUCGAAGAGUUUGCUCAGCUACCAAUGCUUCUCGCAUGUAUAUGAAUAUAACAAACAGGGAUCCAUAGCAAUUUCUGAAGAGUGCUGCAGUAAGAUUCGACAGUUGGUAGCAAUGAAACACUGCAACCAUUUCUGAUUUUCUAAUGUGGUUCUCUCCAAAGGAUUUUAAUCGGCUGUCCUAAAGAGCAAAAACAGUCAUAUAUUGAUAUUAAUUUUCUUUUACGCGAGCCACAUGCAGUGUAAACGUGGGUCACAUUUCUUUGUAUUAAAUAGGCGUAGAUAAAAUAGAGGUAGCCGUAUGGAAAAGAGAGAUGUGAGUGGGCACAUUAGAGUGAUGUGAGCCGUAUGGAAAAGGAAAUAAUUUUUGAUCUAUGUAGUAAUUAUCUUAGUUAACUCAUGGAUGACUGUUGGAAGAAUAUCUGAUAAUGCGAUUCUCUUGGAGUCGUCACGGAAGUUUGGGCACAAUCCAAUUCUGAGCCUGUAAUGCUGAUGACAAUUUGUAAGGUAUGACAUUUUUGGGAAAAAUAUCAACGAGUAUAUAGCGAAAAACCUGUUCAUGAAUAGAACUAGGUUGAACAUCAUCAUCUAAAGAUUUCUACUUUCCGUUGCAUUAGUCUCAUUUUUCUUCAACUCCCAUCCAAUUUGAUAUAGAUACUGCAUAAUGACACAAUGUUCAAGUGUGCAUUAAUCGAGCAAAAUUUAAUCCUGGUUUGCAAUGAACAUCCCUCCAUUUUUUUUUUCAUUUGAAGAACUUUAUCCUAAUUGAGUGUAAUUCAGUAAAUUCCGAUCCUAAUCAUAUCACUAGAUUAUGAGCUACAGGGAUGGAAGAGAUUCGCAUCUGAGAAAGAUUUCUAAACUAUUUUUUUAUUUCAUAUCAUGUUAACGAAGAAGAUAUUCAGUUCUAAACAUUAUAGAAUUUAGCCUUGUCCUCCAUUUUUUCUUCUAAGUGUUUUAUUUUUUCAUGAUGGAUGUAAGCUUUAUGCGAUCAUUCAACCAUUUAUUGAUAAUAAUUCUUCAUGGAUCAUCGCUUGCUUGGUUUAUAUGUUUCAAAUACUUGUUUUCUUUUCUCUUCAGAGAAAAACUGGAGGUUUAGUUAUUUGGAGGGCAGGAAGUAUCAUCAUUUUGUACAGAGGUGCCAACUACAAGUACCCAUACUUCACGGACAGCAGUGCAAUGGAGAACACUGAGAACAGCUCAGGGUCAGAGUCCACCUCAUAUGCUAAAACCGAAACUGAGCAAGAAGUCAGCUCAACUUCCCUGGAUGGAUUGGCCCCUGUAGAUAGACCAUCCACUGCGCCGGCCUAUUCACCGUUAGUUUCUGGUGUUGGUGCACCAAAUAAGGUAAGAUUUCAACUGCCUGGUGAAGUGGAGCUUGGGGAAGAGGUUGAUCUCCUAUUGGAUGGAUUGGGCCCCCGAUUCACUGAUUGGUGGGGCUCUGGACCUCCACCUGUUGAUGCUGAUCUCUUACCAGCUGUAGUUCAUGGGUAUCGGAGACCUUUUCGCCUUCUUCCAUUUGGUCUGCAACCAAAACUAACAGACCGUGAAAUGACUAUUUUAAGGAGACUCAGCCGUCCGCUACCUUGCCAUUUUGCUUUAGGUUCGUAUAUGUAUAGCAUUAAUAUUCAUGUCCUUUCCCUUUAAGUAGUAGACUGCAGGCUAAUAUCACCAGCUGUUUCUGAAUUUUCUUUCUAGGGAGGAAUAGGAACCUCCAAGGACUAGCGCAGUCAAUGCUUAAGCUCUGGGAAAAGUGCGAGAUUGUGAAGAUUGCUGUCAAGAGAGAUGCUCGGAAUACUAAUACAGAAUUAAUGGUAGAGGAACUGAAGGUAUAUUUUCUUACUCUAUCCUGUAGGAAGAAACCUUUAUUGGUUCCUUCACUUGUUUUCUUCAUAACAAAAACUUUGAUUUUUAUCUAAAUGACUAACUCUAUUUGCCUAUAUGAUGCAUUUUAUAAACUGAUUUAUCUGAACGAUUACAUAUCCUGUAAAUACCCCAAACUUUCUAUUUGAAGAGAUGAACGUACAAGGACCAGGGGUGGAAGUUUGGCCUGAAGAUGAGAAAAAUAUAGGACUAGACGUUUGCCCUUUUUUGGGGUUUAAACUUUGUUGACCCUGUGGCAACUGGUCUCAUGCACAGUCUCAUACUUGAAAAUAUCAUCAACCCUUUUUGGAAAAGACAGGCUACCUAGUCUAGCUGCACAACGCUGACUAAGCUGGCUCUGACUAAAUAUCAUCUCUUUAUACUGUCAGUCAGCAAGGAUCUAGUUUUUGUUGUUGAUGAGAAUCUUCAAAGGGGAAUAUCUCUUACAAAUGCGGAUAGAUUAAAAUCAGGAUGUAUGUUUGGUCAAUUGUGCUUACAAGUAUCCUAGAACUCGAACUAGCUAAGAGUCAUUGAGAUCUUCGUCCAAAUAAUUCCAAUCUAACUUCACAAUUUAGUCAACGUAUUUUAAAGGCAGUAUGUGUCAAAUUCUCAAUUGUUGGAGCUUCAAGAUAGACAGUUUGGGCACGAUCCUCUCACGUAGUGGAUAUAGAACUGCUAGGCUCUGUGGCAACAGUGAUCACCGGUGUUAGCUUAUGCUUGCCUCAUCAAAGAAUUCAAAAUUAAAUGAGGUGUCUAAGUCAGCUCAGCCAGAUUGGGCAGUUAGAGUGGAAAAAACUCUGUUCAAGUAAAUGAUAAAGGACGCACAAUUCUGGCAGUAGAUGUGCAUAUAACGUAAAUUAAUAGUUUCAAUUGGAGAGAAAGCUUAAUACUUGUUUUGGUAGCGUGUGUGGUUGUGUUGCAGGACUGGUAGUGGUGGUGAUGUAAAUCAAGUUUUCCGACUCAUAUCAGUUGAGACGUGGUGAAGAGAAAAUUGGGAAUCAGUUUGGCUAAAUUGAUUGUCAAAAAAUAUAAUGGUUUUUCGAGUAAUUAUGGAUACCUUCUUUAAUUAAACAAGGUACAAAUGAGGAUAAAUGCUUGGUAUGAAAGAGUUUUUUUGGCAAAAUCAAAGCUUUAUAUAACCCCACAUGUCCUCCUGAGCAGCUGGUGGUUCUCAGUGGCAGUCUGUGAGUGCACACCAGGUCUCUUGAAAUUAAAAAUAAUCACCAUGGUGGUAGCUGACUGUGGCAAACAGUGGCCAGUGGCGAAGCCAAAACAUCCUCGUUUUUCUUCUUACCUACCUCCCCCUUCUUCUUCUUCUUCCUCUACUGUAGGAGGUGUGGCAGCUGCUCUUCUUUCUUCUUCCUAGAUGGUCUAAUCUAACUUGGACUGGUUAACUUUUUGAGAAGUAUUUUUUUUCUUAAAAUUUUAUCAAUAUCUCAACGUUCUGCAUUGCCCUUGAAAUUAUGUUGGGUCAGGACAUACCAUAUUUCUUUCCAUGUGCUCUAGAGGAGGCGUGUCAGCUGUCUUUGGACCACAUUCUUCUAGGGAGCCCUGGCACUUAUGCAUGCCUACUAUUUUUUCAUCGUCAUGGAUAUGAUCUUCAUUCCUCUCAAAACCGUAAUACCAGAUAGCUAUGUGAUAUGGAUGGCGAGUCAGUAGUAUUGGCACAGUAAGUUCAGGGUUCCUCGAUGUUGGCCCAGGAGCUGUGGAGAAUUGAUGAUCUUCCAUCUAGAAAACAAGUUGAUAUAUUCUUUUUUUUGAAAGGUAACGAUGGAAAUGAUCAAUUUCAUUCAUUAAAAGUAAAAAGAUAUUUUUUAAUCAAAAAACUAUAACUAUUCCACUGCCAACUGGGAGAGAGUAAUUACUUUAAUAAUAAAUUAAAACCACGAACCUCAAUUUGUUGGUAUUGAUAAUGCUUAAAGAAAUUUCAGCAGUAGUACCUUCAAAAAUCCAUAAAGGCAUUCCAGAUGUACAUACACAAAGUGGGGCAUCUGGAAGUUACCUAGGAUACUGAAAAUCUUGGUGCAUCUGGAGACUUAUUUUUAAAAAUAUUAGCUAUAUUUUUCAUUAUAUUACUUAUUUAUGGCUGAUUAUUACAUUGUUCUUGCAGCGACUGACUGGAGGAACGGUUCUUUCACGGGAUAAGGAAUUUAUUGCUUUCUACCGAGGAAAGGAUUUCCUGCCACUUGCAGUUUCCAGUGCCAUUGAGAAAAAAAGAAAACUUGAAAUGGUCGCUCAGAAGCAUAAGCUAGAAGAAAUCCCUUCAGCUGGAUUGGCAGUCAACUCUGGAGCGAAAUCUUACGUUGCCUCAACGACUGAUGACAGAUGUGGAGAUGCUGGCCCUUCAUCUGCGAAUGUGCUUCAAGAUGAAAUUGAACCUGAAAUAGCCCUCCCAAAACUUAAGGAACCAAAGGCAACGGAGAUAGCUGUGGAGAAAAUAGAGGCCAAACUAGCCAGUGUAUGCCAUAAUAGUUUGUCAUAUCCUUCUGUGUUCCUAAAGAAUCUGUCUUAUGUGAUAAAUUAUUCAGUAACUUGUAGGAUACUAUACUAUGGAUAGUAACAUUUGUUGUCCAUCUUCCUAAAGGUAUUGAAGAAAAAGGAGAAGGCUAAGAAAGUCCUACAAGAGUUUGAGGAAUCUAUUGGACCUUCAAAAGCAGAACUUGAUAAGGAAGGUAUCAGUGAGGAAGAAAGGUUUAUGCUGAGGAAAGUCGGCUUAAGAAUGAAGGCGUUUUUAUUACUCGGUAAGUGAGCUCCUGUCCUUAACCCCUUUAAUUUUUCUGAUAAUUUUUUGUUACAUUUCUCUGUCAAAAUGGUUGAUGGUUUAGAUAGUAUUAAUAUUUUCUAAAAAAUUAUAUAAAGUCCAACAGAAAUGGGUUUAAUUUAUUAUCAAUGCUCUGUGAUAUUUUAUUUAAAAAGUAUCAACAGUAUACGAACACUGUUUGAAUUUGAUUAAUAAUGCGUUUAUCCAUUCUGUUAUUUUUAUCCAAUAAACUGUUUGUACGAGAUCAGGUUAUUAUCAGCACAUAUAUUAACGUAAAUACAAUAAUUUCAUGAGUGAUGCGAGUCAUUGAAUUAUAAUCUAAAGGCUGAAAACUACAUUUUUCAACUGCUAAAUAUACUCAGUUCCUCUCUGUCACCCCAGUAUUUGGGGAUUUGUCAGGCUUGUUGAUUUAACGCUCUCAGAUUUCUCAAGUUUCUUUGCUCAUUCAGUUUUUUCUAGGAUCUUCCAUUUAUCCUUCAUAUUUUCACGGGGAUUUCCCAUCUCUUUCCCUUAUAUUGAUAUUCAGGUAGGCGUGGAGUUUUUGAUGGGACAGUUGAAAAUAUGCAUCUCCACUGGAAAUACAGGGAACUUGUAAAAAUAAUUUCCAAGGACAGAUGCAUUGAGAGCGUCCACAAGGAUGCUCUAGAAUUGGAGUCUGCCAGCGGAGGAAUACUGGUUUCUGUUGACAGAGUGAACAAGGGCUAUGCAAUCAUAAUGUACCGAGGGAAGAACUAUCGGCGUCCAUCUGUUCUUAGGCCAAGGACAUUGUUGAACAAAAAGGAAGCUUUGAGACGUUCUUUAGAGGCCCAACGUCAUGAGGUGAACUUCCAUUCGCAUUUGAGGUCUCCUCACCCGGACGUAUGUUUCCGUUCUGGAGUGCAUCUAACCUGUUAAAGCUUGUUUUCUGAUUGUUUCAGUCUUUGAAGCUCCAUGUUCUGAAGCUUUCCAGAGAUGUUGACAAAAUGAAACGCCAAUUGGUAGGUUCUUUCGUAUUAAAUUUCUUCUUUAUGGUUCUAUUUUAUUGCCCUUCUUUCAACAAGUUUUCCCAUCUUUCGAAUAUCUUCUCAGUUUCCCUAUCAUGCUCUGAAUCACAGGAGAAUAAUGAUGUAAAGCUCGGGUCAAGACCAUCAUUGACUGUGCCAGAGAACUCGGAUGCUGUUUUGGAAACCAGCGAGCUCAGUGAAUAUGAAAACGUGGUUCUUGUAAGAAAUCAACCAUUUAAAGAAAUUUACCUUUAAACCUGAGAAUUCUAUUGAUAAUUGAAAGAUUAUGUGAUGUUCUUCUAGUAGAUGUACUGUCUAGAAUUGCUCGGAGCUCUGGGUAGCCUCGGAUUUCUAUAUUUUUUUUCUCCAAUGGAUCAAAUGCUGAUUCCUCAUUCAUUUUAUGUUUGUUAUCCUUCCCAUGUGUAGUUUACAUGAUUAUUGUGUCACAACACAGGUAUGAGCUAUUUUAAAGUAUAAAAUGGACAAUAUUCAGCUCCAAGCCAAGGGAUCUCUGUGACACUGUCUAUGUUCGUUUGAAAUGGCCAAAGCCAUUCUGGUCAUUUUUCCAGUGAUCCGGAAUCUCUGUGACAAUUGUGCAGUCAUGGAGAAGUCAUUUGUUCCAAGACAACUCGAUUUCUGGCACCGAGUAAAAAUUCAGUCAGAUUUCAGAUCACUAUUCCUAUGGAAUGCCAAUGUUGUUUGGAAUGUGCCCACUUAUUCAAAAUCCCUAAAAUGAGUUUCAGUUUGUCUAGAAAUUUGAAAUGCCGAAACAAUUUAUAUAAAAUUCAAUUUUUUUUUAUAUAGACUGGAUUUUUUUAUAGAAUCAUUAGUUUUAAGGUAA